UCGUUACCGGGGAAACGAACAUGACAAUUUCAACCAGCAAUAUUGGACGCUCUUUUCUAUUCAUCACGGCGGAGAUAAUUUCAGGACCAGAACUGGACAGCCAAAAUGUACUUUUACCUGCGAUGUUGAACUCACCCUUUACAGGUGCCCGACCUACAAACCUAUCUAACAACGUGUGGGUAUCACUAGACCGGCCCGAGGGGGUCCAGUACAAGGCCCCUAACGUUGUGGGCCGGGCGAUGAUCAUCGUGAUGCAGCUCCCGCGGAUCAUCGACAACGUCUUUAGGAUCGUGUUGUACGUGGUCAUCAUCAUGGCCACCAUUGGCAUGGGGGUCAGCGUGGAGCUGCCCGUCAUCAAGGCUGUCCUCAUGAGACCAGUGGCGCCGCUCAUUGGACUGGCCUGCCAGUAUAUCGGGAUGCCUCUGAUCGCGUAUGCUGUCGCCAAGACGGUGCCCCAAGAAAACGCUGCCAUCUCCCUGGGUAUCUUCACCUGUGGGAUAGUCCCUGGGGGCGGGAUGAGCAACAUGUUUACUUACUUGUUCGGUGGGGACUUGGCACUCUCGGUCGCCAUGACAACCAUCAGCAACAUAGCCGCUUUAGCUUUUAUCCCCCUGUGGAUAUUCACCCUCGGGAGCACGUUCAGUGACGAGACGACCUCCCUGCACGUGCCGUACUUGAAGAUUCUGGAAACUCUGGCACUCGUUAUCCUGCCGAUAUUCGCCGGCAUCUUCAUCGAGUACAAGUUCCCAAAGAUCGGCAAGUGGAUCAAACGCUGUCUGAAGCCAGUGCUAAUGCUGGUCGUGACGUUCAUGCUUGCUCUCGGUAUUUACACCAACAUCUUUAUCUUCAAGAUGAUCAAACCCAUGACCAUCGCUGCCGGCUGCCUCCUGCCCUACGUGGGGUACCUGGUCGGGGGCGUGGUUGCCUUCGUCCUAUGCCAGUCCUGGUGCAGGAUAAAGACCAUCGCCAUAGAAACCGGAAUACAGAACUCGGGCAUUGCUUUCCUCAUCGUUUAUCUGUCCCUGCCCCCACCAGACAACCAGCUGGCGGCCGUGGGACCCGCAUCGUCUGCCAUCAUGACGCCCUUGCCGCUCUUUCUCCUAGUCAUCAUCUACACCAUCUACAACCGCUGCCAACGAAAAUCUCAGCCCAAGAAUGACCAGGACGAAAAACUGACAAAACUUCUGGAAAACGGCGCGGAACAAACGGUAGUUGUGACGACAAAUGGGGAAGUAGAAAAACCAAAGCAAGCAGAGAAGGAGAAGAAGAAAAAGAAGAGCAUGGAGGAAAAACAAAGGGAGAUGACCAUGAGACAACUACAGCAGGGAGAUCAGCCUGCUGCUAUUUUGGUUUUGUGGCGGAAGUUGCAUAAAAAGUGUGAUGAGAAAACGAUGCGUUCAAACUCUGCUACACAUGUAUAGAAUCGAAAUCUCUUCAAUAUUUUCGAGAACUUGGUUUUAUAAUAUUCAGUCAAUUCUAUAUUAAUGUGAGACAUUUUUAAAUUGUCAUGACAAAAAAAGAAAUCGUGUCAAAUAUAAUCAAUUAGUCUUAGACACUGCUUGCAUUAUUAUUAGAUUUAAAUUUACAAACGUUGUUGAUGCCUUCUUGAGUAGGUAGGCUCAAAAAUAUUUUAGCUUGUCUAACAUUAAUGGCGUUUUAUUUUUAUCAAAAGCAAUAUAUCUCUAUUAAAUCAGUGUCCAUUUUCAUUAAAAAAAAAAUUAUAUUACGCCGACAUGCCAACGUACAUAAUUAAGCGUUAUCUGUGGUGUAUAAUUAUGUAUAGCACACAACUCACAUAAAUCAACUGUUGUUUCGUGGCUAUAUUGAUAUUUGAUUUGAUGUUGCCAGCUUGGCUCUUGUGUUUUUGUCUUGUGAUCUACCGGCCAGGCUGAACGUGUUCAGCGUUAGUCUAUGACUGCCAUAGUGCUCGUCCAUAUAUGACGUCACACAGUCACGUGAACAAGUGGGAUCAGACUUGUGUGACGAUGUGAUAGG